CGCUACGGGCGGCGCCCACGAGGCGCUGAGCAUGUGUCUUGUCGACGUCGUGCAGCUGACGUACCGGCUGGGCCUGCAGCGCGAGCCUUCGGCGCGGCUGUACGGCGCAGCGCAGGCGCGCGACCGCCUCAACCUCUUCAUCACCGUCUGCUGCCUCGACUGGGGCACCGUCGGCACGACCAAGGCGUUCACGGCACUGCGCGAUGCCCCGGUGCUACAGCCGCUGCUCAAUGGCCGCGCCUCGCCGCUCGAGGGCAGCAGCAGCGGUGGCGGUGGCGAGGUGCUGGAUACGUACAUGGCGCUCAAGUUCCGCAUGGCGCGCUUCAUUCUCCACGCACAGCGGCACCGCACGCAUGCUGCAGAGGAGGGUGAUCCGGCGGCGGACAGCAUCAGUGAGGCCGCCCUGGCUCAGCAGCUCGAAGCGAUCCACAAGCUGGCCGACGGUGUGCUCGAGGGGCGCGCUGCGUCGGGCGGCGAUGCGGUCGAGGCGGCGCUGCGCCAUGCGUCGCUCUCUGUGCUUCUCGCCAUGCUCGCCAUUGUGCACGGUCAGACGACGAGUCGCCUCGCAGACGACACCAGUGCGGCACUCGACGGCUGUGCCCAGGUGAUCCGCGUCUUUGUGCAGCUCCUCGCCCGGCUGCUGACGCACUACGGCGUGCACACCAGCGCCGCGCUACCGCCCAGCUCGAUGGGCGUCGAGUACCUCAUCGCACAGCAGCCGGGCCUGUGGCGCUGUCUCUGGUUCCUGUUGCAGAAUGUGGCGACGGCGGUGCGCCUCUUUCGCUCGCUGCAGCUGCACGUCCUGCUGCACGGCGCACCGCACGCCGGUGCCGCUGCGCCGCCGAGCGCCGACAUUGAGCUGGUGGAGCACUGCCUGCGGGCGUUGCAGGCCGCCGGUAUGCUCCCGGCCGCCGAGCCGGCUCCCGACGACGAGGAGCACUCGAGCUACGACGAGCUCGUUGGCGCGCUGACGUUCUUCUGAGCGUGCGAGACUGAGGCGCAGUGGUGCUGAAAUGGCAUCUCUUGACUGCAUCUGGCCCGCACAGCGGACAGCGGUGCAUGCCAGCACAACGAGAGCAUCAUGCGCCGAGUGAGCAAUCCAACGACGGUGCUGAAUGGCUCGGUAGGAGAGACA